CACUAUCAAGGAACAAGACUGGCCCAAACGCGACAAACACAAGUACUACGGUCAUUGUUGAUCCGUUCGCAACGAGUUGUGCACCUCGAUAGUCAAUUGUCCAGAUAGCGUUACGUUACAGUACAGGAUGACGUGUGUGUGUCAGCACACUUCAAUGAGGCUGCUGUUUCUAGUUGUUGGGGCCAAUAGCCACUUUGGGUUGACAUCCACGCCAUCAGAAAUAACUACGAAAGCGAGAAAGAAACAAGACAGGAAAUGGCCUCAUGCACGAAGUCUGCCGAUGAGGGUUGAGAAAUGGAUGGUCCGGGUUCCCUUUCCCACUCUUGAUCUUUCUUGGCUGACUCUAAGCAGCAAGCUCGUUUUCUUAGCGCGAACGCAAGCGUGUCAACGACAACUCAGCCUAACUUGA